AUGUGUCGUGAGGUGUUCUUUUUCUCAAGGUGUCGUGAGGUGCUUUUUUUCUCAAGGUGUCGUGAGGCGUUCUUUUUCUCAAGGUGUCGUGAGGUGUUCGUUUUCUCAAGGUUUCAUGAAGUGUUCUUUUUCUCAAGGUGUCAUGAUGUGUUAUUUUUCUCAAGGUGUCAUCAAGUGUUCUUUUUCUCAAGGUGUCAUCAGGUGUUCUAUUUCUCAAGGUAUCAUGAGGUGUUCUUUUUCUCAAGGAGUCAUGAGGUGUUCUCUUUCUCAAGGUGUCAUGAGGUGUUCUUUUUCUCAAGGAGUCAUGAGGCGUUCUCUUUCUCAAGGUGUCAUGAGGUGUUCUUUUCCUCAAGGAGUCAUGAAGUGUUCUCUUUCUCAAGGUGUCAUGAGGUGUUCUUUUUCUCAAGGAGUCAUGAGGCGUUCUCUUUCUCAAGGUGUCAUGAGGUGUUCUUUUCCUCAAGGAGUCAUGAGGCGUUCUCUUUCUCAAGGUGUCCUGAGGCGUUCUCUUUCUCAAGGUGUCAUGAGGUGUUCUUUUCCUCAAGGAGUCAUGAGGCGUUCUCUUUCUCAAGGUGUCCUGAGGUGUUCUCUUUCUCAAGGUGUCAUGAGGUGUUCUCUUUCUCAAGGUGUCAUGAGGUGUUCUCUUUCUCAAGGUGUCAUGAGGUGUUCUCUUUCUCAAGGUGUCCUGAGGUGUUCUCUUUCUCAAGGUGUCAUGAGGUGGAUGGAUGCAUCAUGCACGAGAAUGAGCAAAGACAACACCUCAUGGUGAGAAAGAAGGCUCACCUGACCCACAAACACAACCACGAGGCGUUGCUGUAG